AUGACGGAUAUGUUGAGACAUGCUAGUCAAAUUUACACAGCUACAAUGUUUAGGGAUUUUGAGCAAGAAUUUGGGUAUUCUUUGGGUAUUAUAUGUGAGUUGUUGACUAUGGAUGACACAAUAUUAGUUUAUAAAGUGUGGCCUGAGAAGCAUCCACAACGGACACACCAAGUCACUUUUGAUUAUGUCAACAAGUUUGUUAGUUGUUCUUGUAGGAAUUUUGAGGAGGCGGGGAUGUUAUGUUAUCAUUGCCUUAGGGUACUUCACAUGAACUCGGUUAGUGAGAUACCUUCAUCUUAUAUUUUAAGACAGUGGACAAAGUUUGCCAAAACAGAAGUUUGGGGCCUUUUGAAGCAGCAGCGGCUAAACAUGUCAUCAUUAAAGAAAGAUUGCGUUCCUUGGCGAUUCCAAAUGUGUAGGGUGUAUAACAAUCUCAUCAUAAGAAGUCAUGACAACGAAGAGGCAAGGAAGAUAAUGGAGAAGGGUUAUAUGCAUGAUCUUGUUGAUGUGCUGGUUGUUCUUGCUAAUAUUAACUUAGCUGAUUCAAAAUCAGGUGUUGGAGAAUCAACUGCAUCAGAUUCCUCUACUAUUACUGUUUUUGAUCCUCCUUGGGUUAAAACAAAAGGAAGAAGUGUGAGGCCAAAAGUGGAAUUGAGAAGAGCAAGAGGAGCAGAUGUCGUAAGAAAUCUAUGUUUCCAAUGA